AUGUUGAGGAUGCUACAGCAGCGGGUUGAGCUUUUAUUACUGAUCUGGCUCUGUCACUUCAUUCAAGAGCAAAAAGUCCAAGCCGGGAACUGCUGGCUCCAGCAGGGGAAGAACGGUCGCUGCCAGGUGCUCUACAUGCAUGGCAUGAGCCGAGAGGAGUGCUGUCGGAGUGGCAGACUGGGCAUCUAUUGGACAGAGGAGGACGUUCCCAAUAGCACCCUGUUCCGCUGGACCAUCUUCAACGGAGGCGCGCCGAACUGCAUGCCGUGCAAAGAAACGUGCGACAACGUGGACUGCGGACCCGGCAAGAAGUGCAAGAUGAACAGACGGAGUAAGCCGCGCUGCAUCUGCGCCCCGGACUGCUCCAACAUCACCUGGAAGGGCCCGGUGUGCGGUUCGGAUGGAAAGACCUACCGAGACGAGUGCGCCCUGCUGAAAGCCAAGUGCAAAGGGCAUCCGGAUCUGGAGGUGCAGUACCAGGGCAAAUGCAAAAAGACGUGCCGCGAUGUGCUUUGCCCGGGCAGCUCGACGUGCGUGGUGGACCAGACCAACAACGCCUACUGCGUGACGUGCAACCGCCUGUGCCCCGAGGUCAUGUCGCCCGAGCACUACCUGUGCGGGAACGACGGCAUCAUCUACGCCAGCGCCUGCCACCUGCGCAGGGCCACGUGCCUCCUGGGCAGAUCCAUCGGAGUCGCCUACGAGGGCAAGUGCAUAAAGGCCAAAUCAUGUGAUGACAUCCAAUGCAACGGGGGGAAGAAGUGUCUCUGGGACGAUCAGCUGGGCCGCGGGCGCUGCGUCCUGUGCCAGGACGAGGCGUGCCCCGAGAGCCGCUCGGACGAAGCCGUGUGCGCCAGCGACAACACCUCGUACCCCAGCGCGUGCACCAUGAAGCAGGCCGCCUGUUCGAUGGGGAAACUGCUCGAGGUCAAACAUUCGGGAUCGUGUAACUCCAUAACGGAAGACCAGGAGGAGGACGAUGAUGAUGAUGAUGAUGAUGAUGAUAAUGAUGAUAAUGAAGACCGGGACUACAGGAUUGUCUAUUUAGCACCGAUACUGGACAAUACCGGAUAAACUGCCGUCCACCAGCCAGAAACCUGUGGCAAGGAAAACCAUGUCCACACUGUACAAAUGUGUAUGCUAAUUUAUUUUUUAAUAAUAAUAAAAAAAAAGGAAGUAUACAUAUAGUUCAGUCUGAUAGAUGUUUAUUUAUGCAGUGUUUUAUAAUUUAUACCUUUACAUUGUUCGACUUACUAUCUUGUGUCUUUUAUUAUGAAGAACUAUAUUUGUCCAAAGAGAAGCAGUGUUAUUUAUUGUGAACGCUAGUAUGUAAGUGUAAAGUGUGUAAACUGCCGGUUGUAAAUUGCAUUCCCUGAGCUGUAAAAAGCGCUAAUAUCACCAUAUUUUACAUUUUUUUUAUUUCAUACUUACCUGCAUGUCAGCUUGUGUGUUUAUUUAUUGGGGAAAAAUAACACUUUUUAAUGUAAAUGUCGUAUUUCUAUCCUUUCCUUUCAUGAGGUUUUGUUUACUUGUUACUGACUCAUUGACCAAAUGGAUUUUCCUCAGUCAUUCUGCUACAUACACAUCGCUAUUCUCCGAACGUUCACAAAACACAAACCUUCUGGGUUUUUUUUUCUUUAAAGUUAUUUAUCUAUCUUUUAAAUUUUAUAUAUUUCGUUAUAAAACAAACGAAAAAAACGAACUUUGCUUCAUUUUUGACCGUAAAUGUGCCACACGUUUUAUGCCAACGUCCCGUCUCAGAGCUCGCGCAGUACAACACUAUCAAUCAAACUAUCGAACGUUAUCGGUUCUCUUUGUGUCGCUUUUAAAAUGUAUUUUUAUUUCACCAGAUAGUUAUAAAUAUAUAGUUUUGUAUUUUUUUUAAUGUAAAUGUCAUAUGUAUAUACAAAGUUUGACGGUAUUUGUACAGAUAUGAAGA